AUGGAUUCUCCUGUCGAGAAUACAGCCCAGUUUUUCGAAACAAAGUUCGUUACUACUGAAAUCAACCGAAUCGCAGUACAGUUUCCAUUUCAGCCGUAUCCACAGCAGAAUGCAUUGAUGACUACUAUCAUCAACGCUCUUCAAAAGUCCGAAAAUGCACUCGUCGAAUCACCUACUGGGACUGGUAAAACCUUGUGUCUUUUGUGCUCCACUUUGGCCUGGAGAUCCACAUAUAUGCUUUGGCGAAAAGAAGCUAUGCGCUCUGAGACUGAAAGAGACACGCUUGUUCUUGAUCAGUUGAGUAUGCAAGCCUUCGGAUCUAUGCAUUCAGACGAUCGUCCUAUUGGUAAACCACCCCAAAUAUUCUUUGCAUCUAGAACUCAUUCCCAGCUGUCCCAAGCAAUUUCAGAGCUUCGCAAUACUGCAUAUAGAAAUGCUGUAUGCACUGUCGUUGGAAGUCGAGAUCAAAUGUGUAUCAACCCCGCUGUUGCACAAGUAAAGAACACGCUUCGCGCUAGUCUAUGUAAAUCAAUGGUUCAGAAACAAACAUGUUCGUAUCACGCAGAAUCUGAAGGAUUGCAUAAUCACGCUGCUGCAACAGCACUCAUCAUGGAUAUAGAAGAUCUAGUUGUAUUUGGUCGAGAACGAAAAGCAUGUCCAUAUUAUAUGUCCAAAGCAAUUCAGCCUCGCGCAGAUAUUAUUUUUCUCCCUUAUAAUUAUCUUGUAGAUAGAAACUCGCGCAAUUCGCAAAAUUUCUCUCUCGAAAAUUCCAUUAUUAUAUUUGAUGAAGCCUUGCUUUUAAAUCUGAAAAUAAACAUUCAGAAGCUUCUGAGCACUCCAAGAGUUUCCAGCAAAGAGCUAGAAGGAAGUUAUAUUUUAAAACUUUUUGGCCCAGUUGAGCUUGACGGCGUUGUUCAAAAUUUCAAUUCAAAAGUUGUUGAUACUUGUUUGGGCAUAUUAACAUAUGAUCAAAUCUUUGUAAAAAAAAGGCAACAUCCUUCGCUAUUGACAUUCAAAAGUGCACUUCGGAUCGCGGUUCAAGCGGCCAAUGAAGAUCAUUCGGCUCUUUCUCACUACAUGAUUUACAUUCAGUACACUAGUACUAAAUCUGACAGUAAAUCUGCUACACACUAUGGUUUUAUUCCUGAUAAAAAUAAUCAAGACAUUCUAUUGAGCUUCUGGUGCUUUAAUUCUGGUGUAGCUAUGCAGGAACUAAAGCGAAUGAAAGUUCGAUCGAUAGUUGUAGCUUCUGGUACCCUUAGUCCGCUAGAUGGAUUUUCAGAUGAAAUGGGAAUCCCAUUUCCACAUCGAUUAGAAAACACACACGUUAUUGAUCAAUCUCAGGUAUAUAUUAGCGUUGUGACUAAAGGUUCACAAAACAUUCCAAUAUCAACUGCCUACAAAUCGCGUGAAACCAACAACAGUACCAAAGAAUUUGGAAAUGCCAUUAUUGAAUUUGCCAAAAUUGUUCCGGAUGGCAUGCUUGUUUUCUUUACCUCCUAUUCAAUCAUGAAUACAUGCAUUAGUGUAUGGAAACAGCCUUCAAAUGAUUUGAUCUCCAAAUCAAUAUGGGAGUCCAUUUCAGAAUUGAAAUACCCAAUAAUGGAAUCACGAAAUCAACAAGAAUUUGUUUUAGCGAUGAAGAGCUUUGAAGAGCGAAUUGAUCAAAAGAAGUGGCCACCGCCAAUUUUUUUUGCAAUCUGCCGUGGAAGAGUGAGCGAAGGUAUUGAUUUUAGUGACCGUAAAGGUCGAGCUGUAGUAAUAUAUGGUAUUCCUUAUCCUACGUAUAAGGAUCCAAAUGUCAUGCUGAAACAAAAAUAUUUGGAUUCGGCUGCUGCAAAAUCACAGGGAAGAAUAAGGGGUAAAGAAUGGUAUCUUCAACAAGCAUGUCGAUCCGUCAAUCAAGCAAUUGGCCGUGUUAUUCGGCAUAAGAAUGACUUUGGAGCAAUCCUACUUUGUGAUGAACGAUUUCAAGAGACAAAAACUAUUAGAAAUUUGCCCCAUUGGCUUCGCUCCAGCAUCAAUAUUCCAGCAAGUUACUCAACUUUUUCUAUUGUGUAUGCUUACAUAUGUGUGCUUGUAACACUACAGAAAACAUUCGAGGGCACACGGAAUCAAUUAAUAGAAUUUUUUAAAGGAGCCACAAAUAGGGAAUUAAUGGGCAAUAAUAGAAAUAAUACCAGCCUCAGCCAUCAAAUAUUAUGCAACUCAUCUCUAGUUGCAGAUCCGUUAUCUCGACCUGUGGCCAUCACACACAAGAUUCUUCCAAUCACAUCAAUCAAUUGUGGAAAAGCUGCACCAUUUAUUCACACCACACAACAAAAAAUUCCAUAUUAUGCUUUAAAAUUAGAGCACGAUCCUUUGCGAGAUGCUUCGCGAUUUGGUUCUGCUAGUUCUCAAAAAUAUGUAAAGCGAACUUACCAGCAUAUCCACGACCCACUUUCAAAUCCAUCGCGACUCCAACCAGUUCAAUCAAAGCCAAGCCUUGACUGCGCCGUCGAGCAACGUUUGGAAACUACAAAAUAUUCAUCCAAUCAUACUUUGCAUUGCAAUGCAAUCGUACCUUCAGAUUCUACGAAUAACCUGACACCAUUCCCCAUCGUGUCUCGGCCAGUUUAUUCUGCUCAACAUAUUUUACAAGCUGAAAAUAUCAGUACUCCAGUCACUCUUGACAAGCCUUUGUUACCGCCAAAAAAUGUACUUUCCGUAAACGAUCCUAGACAGUUUAUGGAAAAGGUGGCAAGAAUUGCACCCACAAGUAUAAACAAAAAGUUUAAGCGUUUGCUCUACGACUACAGCAAACGCACCAUUAAAAUUCAAAGUCUGAUUUCUGCGUCACUUGAUACUUUUAUAGACGAGUUGAACCAGUACGUUUCGUUGGAAGAAUGCCUUGAAUUAGCAAAAGAGUUUCGUUUAUUUAUUGGUAGUCGGCAUCAUAGUCUGUAUGAUACCGCACUGUGUCUUAAGAUCUCUCAAAAAACACCCACCUAG